AUGUCGCGCUUUUCGAUUGAAGGAAAAACUUUGAAACUUGACAAAAUCACUAAAGAAGACGAAGAAAACACCUUCUCUACCUUCAUCAGUGACGAUGAUCUAAAAGAAAUUGUGCUUUCAGGAAACACGAUUGGACCUGAGGCAGCUAAAUGGUUGGCCGAAAUUAUUGUAAAAAAGAAAAACUUAGAAGUUGCAGAGUUCAGCGACAUUUUCACUGGACGUGUAAAAGACGAAAUUCCUGAAGCCCUUGGUUGCCUUUUACAUGCACUUCUUCAGUGCCCCAAGGUAAAAACUGUCCGUUUGAGCGACAAUGCUUUUGGUCCUACUGCUCAAGAGCCUUUAAUCCAUUUUAUUUCCAAUCACACACCUUUAGAGCACCUUUAUUUGCAUAACAAUGGAUUAGGUCCUGAAGCCGGCUCAAAGAUUGCUCGCGCUUUGCAAAAGUUAGGCGAUGUCAAGAAGCAAACUCAAGCAGGUCUUCUUAGAUCAAUAAUUUGCGGACGUAAUCGUCUUGAAAAUGGUAGUAUGAAGGAUUGGGCUGCCGCCGUUCGUGCCCACAGUGGUCUUCAUACCGUUAAAAUGGUUCAAAACGGAAUUCGCCCCGAAGGUAUCGAGCAGUUAUUGGUUGAAGGCCUGGCUUAUUGCUCCGAACUUCGUAUUCUUGACCUCCAAGACAAUACUUUCACUCAACGAGGAUCUAGUGCCUUAGCUCUUAGCCUUAACAAAUGGCCACAACUUCGCGAACUAGGACUUAACGAUUGCUUGCUUUCCAACCACGGAGCCAUUGCUGUUGUGGAUUCUUUCUCAAAUCAAAAAAGCAUUGGAUUGCAAACGCUGCGCUUACAGUACAAUGAAAUUGAAGUAGAAUCCGUCCGUGCUUUAAAGUCUGUUAUUGAGGAGAAAAUCCCUGACAUCUUGUUUUUGGAACUCAACGGUAACCGCUUUUCUGAAGAGGACGAUGUCGUCGAGGAACUUCGUCAACUCUUUAGCAAUCGUGGUCGUGGUGAACUCGACGAACUAGACGAUAUGGAAGAGUUGACAGACGAGGAAGAGGAGGAAGAAGAAGAAGAGGAGGAAGAAGAAGAAGAAGAGAAAGCUAGAGAUGUUACAGAUGAUGAUAAGCUUGCUGAAAGUCUAUCUAGGGCUCAUAUCUAA